CCAAUCAGGAGACAGGUCUCCACGACGUAAUUCCGGACAUGUGACUAACUGACAUGGAGGCCUCCAUGCUUACGUCCAAACUGUAACGGCACUCACUGACACCCAGAUACUUUUCUUUGUUUUCGUGUUUCUGUAGCUAUGAGGUAUUUGCUCCGGGUGGGGCACUCGUUUUCCCGCCUUCAUGUCCGUUUAUGUCACCAAAGUGUUUACAACAACAAUGCACAUCAACGAAGACUGGUGGUGGACCUUGGGGAGAAGAAACUUGAGAUCUCUACCGGGAGGUUUGCUAGAUUUGCUGAUGGGUCUGCUGUGGUAAAGCUGGGAGAAACCUCUGUGAUGGUGACUGCCGUGAGCAAAACCAAACCAUCUCCGUCUCAGUUCAUGCCUCUUGUGGUGGACUACAGACAGAAAGCAGCUGCUGCAGGUCGAAUCCCCACGAACCAUUUGAGGCGAGAGCUGGGCAUCACGGACAAUGAGAUCCUCACCAGCAGACUCGUGGACAGAUCGAUUCGACCGCUGUUCCCUUCUGGUUACUUCUAUGAUACUCAGAUCCUUUGCAACCUACUGGCAGUUGAUGGUGUCAACGAUCCAGAUGUUCUGGCUAUUAAUGCAGCUUCCGCUGCUCUUGCCCUGUCUGACAUCCCCUGGAAUGGACCCAUAGGGGCUGUGCGUGUGGGCAUGGUGGAUGGACAGAUGCUGAUCAACCCCACAAGGGCAGAGAUGACUUCCAGCAGUCUUAACCUGAUUGUGGCCGGAGCCCCCAGCAGUCAAGUGGUGAUGAUUGAGGCGUCGGCUGAGAACGUGCUGCAGCAGGACUUUUGCCAUGCAGUCAAGGUGGGAGUCAAACACACCCAGCAGAUCAUACUAGCCAUCCAGCAGCUGGUGCGAGAACAGAAGGUCACCAAGCGCACCCCCGCCAAGAUCUUCUCAGCCCCGACUAUUGUGGUGGAGCAUGUUCGGCAAUUAGCCUCACAUAAGAUUUACGCUGUUUUCACCGAUUACACUCACGAUAAGAUUUCAAGAGAUGAAGCCAUCAACAAAGUCCGACUAGAAACUGAAGAGAACGUUAAAGAACGAUUCCCUGAGGCGGAGCCCUUUGAAGUCAUUGAAUCCUUCAACACUGUGAGCAAAGAAGUCUUCCGCAAUUUAGUGCUUAAUGAGUACAAGAGAUGUGACGGGAGGGAGUUGACUGCUCUAAGGAACAUUUCUUGCGAUGUGGACCUCUUCAAACCGCUGCACGGCUCGGCUCUGUUCCAGAGAGGACAAACACAGGUGCUCUGCAGUGUCACGUUUGAUUCCCUGGAAUCCAGUAUCAAAGCAGAUAUUAUCACCACAGCUUUAAGCGGCGUCAAAUCCAAAAACUUCAUGCUUCAUUAUGAGUUCCCUCCAUAUGCAACUAAUGAGAUUGGAAAGAUGGGAGGCAGCAACAGGAGAGAGCUUGGACAUGGGGCUCUGGCUGAGAAAGCUCUGAGAUCAAUCAUUCCUAAAGACUUCCCGUUCACUAUCCGGGUCACAGCUGAGGUGCUGGAGUCAAAUGGAUCCUCCUCAAUGGCUUCAGCAUGUGGAGGCAGCCUUGCUCUCAUGGACGCAGGUGUGCCCAUCUCCUCUGCUGUGGCAGGUGUAGCAGUCGGCCUCAUCUCCAAGCCCAACCCAGAGAAACCCACUGAGAUCCAAGACUACAGACUACUAACGGAUAUUCUGGGGAUAGAGGAUUACCUCGGAGACAUGGACUUCAAAUUGGCAGGAACAAGCAAGGGCAUCACCGCUUUACAGGUGGACAUGAAGAUCCCAGGUUUGCCUCUGAAGGUGGUCAUGGAGGCGAUCCAACAGGCCACAGUGGCGAAGAGGGAAAUCUUGAGUAUCAUGAACAAAUGUACGGCGAAACCAAGAGAGACGAGGAAAGCGAACGGACCUGUUGUCGAAAAUGUCCGGGUGCCUGUUUCCAGACGAGCACACUUUGUUGGUCCGGGCGGCUACAACCUCCGCAGGCUACAAGCUCAAACAGGUGUGACAAUAAGUCAGGUGGACGAGGAGACUUUCUCUGUGUUCGCUCCAACACCAGGAGCCAUGAACGAAGCCCAAGAAUUCAUCAGCGACAUCUGCAAAGAUGAUCAAGAACAGCAGCUGGAGUUUGGCGCUAUCUACACUGCCACCAUCAUUGAGAUAAGGGACAUUGGUGUGAUGGUGAAACUUUAUCCCAACAUGAGUGCUGUCCUGCUGCACAACUCACAACUGGACCACAAACGGAUCCGACAUCCUAGUGCUCUGGGUUUAGAGGUGGGGCAGGAGAUACAGGUCAAAUACUUUGGACGGGACCCAACAGACGGCAGAAUGAGACUUUCUCGGAAGGUGCUCCAGUCUCCUGCUGCAACUGUCGUCAAGACAAUGAGUGAGAAACAGAGCAUCUCCAUGGACCCGAGCAACAGCCAGACGACCGCCACCGAUUUGUGACUCCCCAACACGAUGGCUAGCGUCUGGCUAACGGAGUAGUAGAUCGUCACAAACUGAACCGAGUGCCGUGCAUAAAGAGUUUCACCCUGCUGUUGCGCAGGUGAUGAAACUGCACUGGUGUGAACUACGGCGUCCUGCAGUCAUCGCGCUUCAGUUGAUCUGCACAAACUGAGAAGAACGCUUGGAUAAUAACGAGACGCACGUUUUCAAGAAUUAUAAAUCUGUUGUUAUUUACAAGCUU